GAGGGGACGGGGCCGAGCGCGGGGCUGCGCGCUCCGCCGCGGGGAACCCCGGGACGCCGCCGGCCGAGCCAUGACGGACGCCAGCAACAGGAAAGAGGGCUUCAAAAAAUGCCGGAGCGCCACUUUCAGCAUCGAUGGCUACAGCUUCACCAUCGUCGCAAAUGAAGCUGGAGACAAGCCUGCCAGACCACUUGCCCGCUUCUCUCGGUCUAAGUCGCAGAACUGUCUGUGGAACUCCCUCAUUGACGGGCUCACGGGGAAUGCCAAGGAAAAGCCACGGCCAACCAUCGUCCAUGACCCCCGACCACCAGAAGAAAUCUUAGCUGAUGAAUUGCCUCAGCUCGACAGCCCAGAAGCCUUGGUGAAGACAUCCUUCAGGCUACGGUCUUUGGUCAAACAAUUAGAAAGAGGAGAGGCUUCAGUGGUAGAUCUUAAGAAGAAUUUGGAAUAUGCAGCCACAGUACUUGAAUCCGUGUACAUUGAUGAAACCAGGCGACUCCUGGAUACAGAGGAUGAACUCAGUGACAUUCAGUCAGAUGCAGUGCCUUCUGAGGUCCGAGACUGGCUGGCCUCCACCUUCACGAGGCAGAUGGGGAUGAUGCUCAGAAGGAGCGAGGAGAAACCACGGUUCAAGAGCAUUGUCCAUGCAGUGCAGGCUGGGAUAUUUGUGGAGAGAAUGUACAGACGGACAUCAAACAUGGUUGGACUGAGCUACCCACCAGCUGUUAUUGAAGCAUUAAAGGAUGUGGACAAGUGGUCCUUUGAUGUCUUUUCCCUCAAUGAGGCCAGCGGGGAUCAUGCACUGAAAUUCAUUUUCUAUGAAUUACUCACACGCUAUGAUCUGAUCAGCCGUUUCAAGAUCCCCAUUUCUGCUCUUGUCUCAUUUGUGGAGGCCCUGGAAGUAGGAUACAGCAAGCAUAAAAAUCCUUACCACAAUUUAAUGCAUGCUGCUGACGUUACACAGACUGUGCAUUACCUCCUUUAUAAGACAGGAGUAGCGAACUGGCUGACGGAGCUGGAGAUCUUUGCUAUAAUCUUCUCAGCUGCCAUCCAUGACUAUGAGCACACUGGAACCACCAACAAUUUCCACAUUCAGACCCGGUCUGACCCUGCUAUUCUGUACAACGAUAGGUCCGUAUUAGAAAAUCACCAUUUAAGUGCAGCUUACCGCCUUCUGCAAGAGGAUGAGGAAAUGAAUAUUUUGAUCAAUCUCUCAAAGGACGACUGGAGGGAGUUUCGGACCUUGGUAAUUGAGAUGGUGAUGGCCACGGAUAUGUCCUGUCACUUCCAACAAAUCAAAGCAAUGAAGACUGCUCUGCAGCAGCCAGAAGCAAUUGAAAAGCCGAAAGCAUUAUCCCUGAUGUUGCACACAGCAGACAUUAGCCAUCCAGCAAAAGCAUGGGAGCUCCAUCAUCGCUGGACAAUGUCACUCCUGGAGGAGUUCUUCAGACAGGGUGACAGAGAAGCAGAGCUGGGGCUGCCUUUUUCUCCUCUGUGCGACAGAAAGUCAACGAUGGUUGCUCAGUCACAAGUGGGUUUUAUUGAUUUCAUCGUGGAACCCACCUUUACUGUGCUCACGGACAUGACCGAAAAGAUCGUGAGUCCUUUAAUUGAUGAAACCUCCCAAACUGGCGGGACAGGACAGAGGCGUUCAAGUUUGAACAGCAUCAGUUCGGCAGAUGCGAAGCGAUCGGGUGUCAAGAGCACUGGAUCAGAAGGAAGUGCGCCCGUCAACAGUUCUGUCAUCCCUGUUGACUAUAAGAGUUUUAAAGCCACGUGGACUGAGGUGGUGCACAUCAAUCGGGAGAGAUGGAGGGCCAAGGUGCCCAAAGAGGAGAAGGCCAAGAAGGAAGCAGAGGAAAAAGCUCGCCUGGCCGCGGAGGAGAAGCAAAAGGAAAUGGAAGCCAAAAGCCAGGCUGAAGAAGGCGCGGCUGGCAAAGCUGAGAAAAAGACAUCUGGGGAAGCUAAGAAUCAAGUCAAUGGAACUCGCACAAACAAAAGCGACAACCCUCGUGGGAAAAAUUCCAAAGCUGAGAAGUCCUCAGGAGAAAAACAACAGAAUGGUGACUUGAAAGAUGGUAAAAAUAAGACAGACAGGAAGGAUCAAUCCAAUGUCGGAAAUGAUUCAAAGAAAACAGAUGAUUCAGAAGAGUAAAACACACCUCACAUACAAUUAAAGAGGCUGCCAUGUCUUGCAUCAUUUUAGCUGAGCUUCUUCAUUCUCCUUCUCCUUCACAAAGACCCAUAUCUGGGGAAGGUGUACAACUUUCAGAAACAAGUCCCCCACACUUGGCCUUGCCUCAUGCCAUCUUCCAAGAGAUGGCUCUCUGGGAGCUGGUUUGAGGUCUAAGAACUCUGGGGAAAUCCUCCCCCAGACAAAUAAAACAACUCGAGAUUUUUGCACAAACAGAAACAAAACAUGAAGGGACUUCCUCAGAAUUCUUUGCCAAUGCCCUGGCUUUCAAGGCACCUGUCUGGCCUGGAUGGACAUCCUGGAUAUGCUGAGGGAGGUCUGAAAAAGCCACAUGCACAGUAAUCGCCAUUUUAUUACUGUCGAUGCUGUUACUUUAACUUGUUAUUUUUGUACUGGCUGCUGAUGGUGGAGACAGCCGUGCUGGCCCUCCAUCACAGCUAAGAUGAUGAUUCCAGUCUCGGGUUGUUCCCUUCCUGAGUCAGGAACAUUCUUUUUCUCCAACUUUCUUUCAUACUUAAAAAUUGUUCUGAUGCUCGUCUUUCCAUUUAUAUAUGAGAUUCUUUUUUUAAAAGAGAUUAUACUAUAGGACUCUUUGUUUGUAAGUACUUUAUUUAUCUUUGCAUUCAUUAAUAUAAACCUGAAUGUUUCAGCUAAUGACCAUACUGUUUAGGUUGGAAACACAUUACUUUCAUUGGUUACCAUCCAUAACUAAGUGCUUACUGAAAUUUUUACCACUGGCCGGCCCUCUUCUUUUGCAUAUUUAUGGUUUCACUUGAUCACUCUUCUUUCUAUUCAGGGAAGUGCUAAGGGAAUUAGUAUCAGGGAAAUAUGUCAGAUAAUUCUUCUCAUUUUAGUGAGUCUUUAAAAAUAUCACACAAGAGACAAUUUAGCACAAAUCAAAAGUAAGAAUCAGGGACAUAGCAUGGAAAAAGGAUAAAGAUACACUUCCUGAAUCCAGGCCGAAACGGAAUCCAGUGGAGUAUAAGUGAAGUGUAAUGUUGUGGGUCUAAAUGCUUUGAUCUGGAUAAAACUGAUGCUUAAAAACGGUUAUGGUUCACAAAGGAAUCUUUGAGUCCUUCCCAAGGGGAAACUCCAUGAGCAUACUGGUGAUAGAGUGGGAUUAGUAAUAGGAAGAGAAAGAGCUAGAUGGUAGGUUUAGGCGUAUUCCCCGUUGCAGAUUUAAUUUCUACAUUAAAAACACCAAAACAUUUUAAAAAUCUAUUCCUAAGGCAAAAUGUUGCUAUUUCUUCAGACAGAAAGGAGACCCUGUAUGUAGUCUACAGGGCCUCUUGCCUCUCUGAAAUAUUACCCAACAGAACGAUCUGAAUAGAAUGACAGUUGUGUACUGACAUUUAAACAGAGUUCUUUGGUCAGCUUUACAUUUUGCACUGUAAUGACACAUAUUUUUCUGUAGUUCCCUCUGCUUUCCUAACAGUGACCACAGUAAAUAAUGUGGUCACAAAUCCAAAGCAGAGGCCUGAUAGUCAAGUAAUUGAGUAAAUCAAGCCAUAUAAUAUGUUCUUGCGAUCAACGGUAGUUGACAGUAGCGAGGUAGUAAGGACAGGAGGGACUGUGAGAAAUUGGAGUCUUUUGUAUGUUGAGGUGUGUGCUGUCGAAAGGAGGCAAUUAUUAGUCAGCUACAGGAUUAGAGUUGCAUAGGAAUGGGGAUCCUAGAUACUUUGGAUUUUAUGUAAACUUUCUCCAAAUUUUCAAAUAUUGGCAAUGAGUUCAGAAAUUUCCAAAGACUAUGUGGGUCCAAAAAAGCAUGCCUGUGACCUGCAUUCAAUCCAUGGGACAUCAGUUUGCAAACUAUGCUCUUUGAGGUGAUAUGGUUUUGUAUAGGACUGAAAUACAGCCAACCAGUGCAUGUCCAAUCUUUCAUCUUGGAGCCUUUUACCUCAUUUCUAUUCUGUAUUUUUGUAUGUAGAGCUUUGCAGCCAGUCAAAAUAGAAAGCUUACAAUUUCCUUUUUAUACUCUUAACAAGUAAGAAUAAGCAGUAUCUGAGAAAGAAACAGGAAUAUAGCCAUUUUUUCUAGCACCUAUAAAGAUGGAAAUGUUUUUCAUUUGCCUUGAGUCAUUAAUUAGCUAAAAAAGAAUGGGAAGAGAAUUGCUUUCAGUAGAGAACUCUGCUUGGAAUUUGCUGUGUGGAAAAACAAAGCUCCAUGUAACUCAUUUUUAAAUCCAGAAAAAGUAUUUUGAAGGGACAUUGAGUAAAAAUGCAAAAUUAUUCUACUUUUUAAAAAUAAAAAUAUAUGUAUUAUUGUGGUAUAAAUUGAUACUGGAGUAGAUAAAACAUUGAUAAAACAAGUCAGUAUUUCCAAAGCUCUAGCUCAUUCUCUGUGGUGUUUUUGUUCUCUUGAAACAACUUCCAAAAGAACAGUGAUAAGGGACCCACAUUCUUCCAUUGCAUGGAGUACGGCAUCUUAGUGUUAGGCUGUCACAUAGAAAGCAAGGGCUUACACACCUGAAUUGACCAGCGUGUGGAGAAAGCAGUAGGGACAUUUCCACCAUGGACAGAACACAAUUUCUACAUAUCCCUGGGUGGAACGCUUUCCAGUGCAGGUGGCCCUAACGUUUGGGUCCCUGUGUCACCAAAUUGUCUACAUCCAGGUUUUGAUGAUGUGGUAUGUUUUGAUGGCAUAAUGAUCCAUCCAUAGGGAGAUCUUUGUUCCAUCUUUUAUUCACUCCAACCUUUCUUAGGUUAUGAGCCCUAAUAACUUAUGGCAGCAGGCAAGAGACUCAUUUCUAACCCAUUAAAUUCAAAUGGAUUUUCUUCCAUUAUCCAUUUCAUUCUUGGAGCUUUUAAAAACUAUUGAACACAUCUGACAGGAUCCCAUUAAGGACCUGAUAUACAUAAACAGUAAAAUAGUAUCUAAACACCUAAGAGCCAAAGAACAAUGGAGUAUACCUGUUUAUUUCAUUUGCUGAAUUAAAGCCAUUGUAUUAUAUUUUCCACUUGGAACCACGCCUUUAGUAAAUUUGAAAAGCGAAAAGUAAAGAGCAACAUUAUUACAGGACGUGAGACAGAAUGUAGACAAAUAGAUGGAGACCAAUUUUAUAAUCCAUAGUUUGGGAGUAAGGAUACUGGUCUUUUAGUAUCACUUCUGUUAUGGAUCACUUUUGUUUAGAUGAUAGAUAGAUAGAUAGAUAGAUAGAUAGAUAGAUAGAUAGAUAGAAUAUAUAUUUUCUUCUAUUCUUAACCAUUGGGCAGAGACUUAUAUGUUAGAAAUGAUUUCAUAAUGUCCCCCAUGGAGUAUGGGGGAAAACAAGAAAAAAAAAAGCACUAAAUCUUUUUCUCAAAAUGAGAUAGAGAAGAUUCUGAGAUUAAAGCCUAUGUGUGCAGUAUUAUGUCCCAAAUAAAGGGGAUUUAAAGAAUCCAGGCAACGUUUUUUUUUUUUUCCAGUUGGAAACUUUGUUCUGAUUCUGAGAUUCCCACAUAUCCCAUCAGGAGUUGCAGCAGCAGGGGGGGUCCCCACAGGGCCCGGCACACAGUCAGCUUUCCAGAAGUGCAGAGGCAACUGUCCCGCUGCAUUCCACCCUCCACCUGUGAGUGCAAACAAAGCUCAGAUUUACCUGAACAUUUAUUCAGCAGCUCCUAUAUACCAAGCAUAUCACUAAAGGCUUAAUUUCUAAGUAUAUGCAAACAUAACCUAGAGACACAAAUAGCUUAUCAUAAAGGAUAGGAAAUUGCAAGUAGUUUGGGGGAAAUUGUCAGAGCCAAGUUUGUGAAAAAAUAAAAAAUAAAAACUUCUCUAUGGCUCUAGGAUUUAAGAAAAAUAAAACAGGAUUUCUCUGAAAUUGUUCUUUUAAAAGGGAUGAUGACACCAAUCUAUAUGAAAUACCAGUGGAUUUAUAUUUAUAAUCCAAGUUGAAAUAUUUAAAAUCCAAAAUAGAUUCUCUGGGAGCAAACAGGAGAUUCUGUAUGUGCAGGGUGGGGAAUCUUUGCCCAGUUUUGCUCUGCCGAUAUUACGGUUGGUACAGCAUUGAACCACGUAAAGUUGGACAUUAAGGAACAUAAUGGUGUGAUAACGAUGUUAUAUUGGAUCUUAUGUAUGAAUAAAUGGAAAGUAAUACUUGUGAUUCAUCAGCAGUGCUCCAUCGUUAAAGGCCUCAUUAUCACUUAGAAAAUGAACUUAAUGAAAAAAAUGUAAUGAACAACCCAAUAUUUCUAUGAAACAUCCCUCUGAGAACCAGGGACACAUUACCUGCCAAGACCAGAUUUCAGUUGUUUAAGAUUUCCUCCUGUCAAGACACUGAGCAUUGAGGUGACACGAGAAUUAGAAUGGUAACAGAGCCACCUAGGACAUUUGACAGAGUUAAGUUGGCUUCAGAGAGGUUAGAAAAAUGGGAAGUAGUCCUCUGGGUAUUCUCAUUAGACAUUUGCAAAAGACUAGGUCCUUUCCCAGGAAAGUCUGCAUAAUCAAGAAUUGUUUCAUUGAAAGAACACCUUGUUUUUACACUAAACAAGAGUGGGUACACGGUGGAAGGUCUGGACUGGAAAAUUCAUGAACGUCAGUUUAAACAUUCUUAGUUCCUGGUUAUUUUAACUAAUCCCCACCACCAUCUCACCCAUUUUCCAUUGAAAUAUUUCAGAUGUAUUUGAGAUGAAUUUACCUUUAUUCUGGUUUCUGUUCCCAAGUGGAAGUGACUCAACGCUGGCAAAGGCUGGCUUCACUAAAUGAACUUGGUGCCAGCCCACAUUGCUUUCCACUGAGCCAGAAGAAGCAGGGGGUGGUGUGUGGGCCCUUUCAGCUCACUCAAGGCACACUUACUCACCCUCCCUUGGGAGGUAAAUGCUGUCUGGAGCAGGCCAUUCAGUACCAUCAUGGAGGCCCUCAGCAUUGGUCAGCUUCAGCCACGAUCCCUGAACUUCACCCACGUAUCUUCAUAGGAGCUGGCUUCUGAACCUGCAGAAACAUUUCUCUGUCAGGUUAUGGUGCAGGAUAAUUCAUUUAAAAUAAAACCCAUUAAAACCCAGUAGCUAUGGAUUGGCUUUUAAAAAGAUUGCCCUGGAGGCACAUUGUUGUAUAGUCUUCGCUUCUCUGUCAUGAUCUAUCUUGGGGUAGGUAUCUGUAUACUAAUGUCCUUGUCUUUGAAUGGCUAUAUGUGCGAUAGUACAGAGAUAUAGUCACACACUGAUAUACUUAGAUAUAUAGUAAAAAUAUACAGCCAUAAGUAUUGUCUAGUAACUGAUUCUAGAGAUAGAACUGUAGAAUAUACAUUUUUCUUUUUUCUUGCUUUGAUGAUAUUUUUAUACAAUUUUAUAUGCUGUACAAAAUUUUUAAAAAUAUUUGCUAUUUUCAUUUGUAGAGCUCAGUUAGGUUUUUAUCAGCUCCGGUGCCCACUGUACAGCCAGAUUCCUCCCCCUACCUAAUUUAAGUGUCUUCUCCCUUUUUCAUACCUUUCUGUUACCUUUCCCUUCUUUUCUUCCCUCAUUUUUCUACCUUUCAUAAAUUCCUUAUUUUGCCUCUGUCCAGGCAAGCCAUUCUGCUUGUAGUAUCUUUAAGCACAAGGAAACACAAAAUAAUGGUGUGUGUGUUGGGGAGGGGGGUAAUUAACCCAUCUUGUUCCAAUGUAAUUAACAUGAGGACAUGUUGGGAGCCAAGGGUGGGGUAGGUAGGUGGGGAGUAGGGAAUAGACUGGGGAAAGGAAGCAGGAAAAAGGAAAUUCUCAUGGGAGACCAGUUACCCAAAGCAAGGUGAACCACUUUGAGGCUGAUGUAGUGCUGUUAUCUUCCCUCAGUAUAGAGCACACUUUGCUCUCACAGGGUUUUUCUCCUUAGGAUGCCAUGCCCUCACUGUGGGUCUGUAGAUCCUCUCCUGAUAUGGGCACUGGCCAUAUGUGAAUGCAUAACUCAGCUCAUCUCCUUAGCCUUAGAUUUUGCUGCUGUUCAGCUGGAUUUGUGGGAGAUGUCUAGAUUAAUACUAAGAAUGUCUAAAAAGACUCAAAAGAGGGAGGCACGCAGAACCAAAACCCCAAACCUCCAUCCAAAUCAUGCCAAGUAAGUAGUUCUUUGGAGGGUUGAGGAAGAGAUUUCUGGAUAUGUCCUGAGAAUGCUCUUUCAAGAGGGAAGAUGGUAACAUGGACUUGUCUUUAUUUUAUGGCAGUGAUAGAAUGUACUUCCAUAAUGUAAAAUAUGUUUCUAGCAGAUAAAAUGCUGGUUGUGAUUUGCAUUUGUAUAUCGUAGGGCAAGAGAAUGGUCAUCCAUUCUAAAGAAGAGUGUUUUGUUCCCUAUGAUGCUGGUUUGUACUAAAACAAACUAUUCAAAUGCCAUAGCAUCACAUCUCCAAAUGCAAAAAUAAUUCGUAAAGAUUCAUGUAAAACAGAAAUGCUAAACUGCUCUCAAUAAAUUAAAGAUGUGUUUAUUGUAAAUCUUUAUUUCAUGGAUGAGGCCAACAGUCUGUCAAUGUAUAAUUUCCCCCAUCAUCUAGUAAUGAAUAAGUACUUGUAUGUUCUUCCGAUUACCAAAUAAAAACAAUGAGUUCAUCUCUCA